AACGUAGAAAAAAGUGACUGCAAAGCUGCGAAGCUUUCACGUUGUCAAAUUGAAAAGAGUAAACAAAAACAAAACCUUUUGUUUAGUUAUUGCGUGCCUAUUGAAAUUUAAGGGUGACGGGUUUGGUAUUAAAGCAGAAUCGAAUCUUCCGACGGGACCAUACCUACAAGUACUGUCACAGCUUGGAGACGAACAUGGCAGGGAAAAUUAAAGACACAAAUACAGCCGACGAAGAAAUUGAUAAUCAUUUGAGAUGUAUUUUCUAUAUUAAGCCCAAGCCAGAUCCAACAAAAUGUAAUCCAUUUGUAGUCGAAUUUUUUGGCGUUUUGAGCCUGUCUGAUCUGCAAGCGCCCGAGCGGAAGCUGUGGUAUAUGUACUAUUGUAAGCAGUCGGAUAUCAACCAGACUGUGGAUCAGAUUCACCAGAAAUAUGGAAAAAAAAAUAUGUAUGAAAUAUUUCGGAAGCCGGUAUUCAGUGGCCCUGCCUUGCGCGCCAGUGUCAAGAAGCACUUUGGGGAACUGAAGUGGUUUACCAAGGGAAAUCUGCUAGAAGCACCGCCAAAGAGUCAUUUCAAUGACGAGCGUAUUUGUAAAUCCGUAACGGAUCUCUACAACAUUGAGCAGCAAAGACUUUAUAACUAUGUAAUGGUGAAAAAUCAGUGGUACUCGAUGUACAACCGUUAGGUCCUGUUUGGUAAAUCUCUGUGAUUUUAGAUAAGUUAUGUAUUUAAUUUGUACAAGUAAUGUUAUGAUUAUAACUAAAUAUUACUAUAAUAAGUCGUCUCUUUUGUUUAAUUGUACAGGCAACAUAGAGUUCAAUUGUACCUCCUCCAGCAUGGGAUUCUGUGAAAUUAGGUUUUCGAUCUGGCCUUAUUUGACGAAGAUAUAGCGCCCCGAACUUUGGAAAAUAAUUAAGAAACUGGUUUUAUUCCGUACGCUAUAUCUUGGCCGAUCUGGGAGUGGCAUGUUCUUUUCCUGAUUGUAAUCAAUGCAAUGACAUUUCCAUAUAAUUGAACAUACAACUUACACAAAUAUAAUCUAUUCCUGUACUGUUUUAGUAACAGGUAUAAAAAUAUAUUUUCAGAAUUCCCUAGAAUUAAUUCGUAGCGUUUGAAAAAAUGACGACUUUAUUAAAUUUUCGAAUUGCUUAUCGGGCGUACACAACAAUAUACAAAGUACAAGAAAUACACAAUAAUAAAAAUCUUAAAAAUUCCCAUCGUGGAAUUCCGUUCAUCUUGUGAUCUGAUCUUCCAAUCGGAAGACCCUGUCCUACAGGUAUGUAUAUUAUCAUGCAUGCAAUCAGACUCUAUCAUUGUUUUUAACCAAAAAGGCAUCGCAUUUCAUCAUUAUAAAAUUUCAAUAAAAUCUAUCACAAUAUGAGAA